AUGCCUGAAAGGAGUAGAAUGCAUGGCGCCAGUGACGGUGUUGACGGUGUUGACGGUGUCGACAAAAGUGAUGGUGGUGAAAGGCGGGGACGGUGGGGAUUUGGGAAAGAUGAAGGUGGUGACAGUGGUGGAUGUGGUGACAGUGAUGAAGGUGGUCAUGACGGUGAUGGUGGUCAUGAUAGUGGUGGUGGUCAUGACGGUGAUGGCGGUCAUGACGAUAAGUAG